AUUCCACGCACCAAUACUAUAUAAAUAAUUCUCAUUCGUCUUCAUUCUUCACUACUGUCACAUUUCACAACCAUGUCUCAACAUUCUUCGUUCUAUCCACGAGUCGAUUUCACAAACCCAGAAGCCAAUUCUCCCUUCUCUCAGUCCUCUUCAUCUUCUUCUUCCAUGUACCCCUCAAUCGAUACCAACAACGUUGCUGUUGCCGAGGAAGACUCAAAUACGACACAACCAAUGGAACAUGUUCUUGUCACUGUCCCGGGAGCGAUUCUGCACCUCAUAGAAAAGGACUCCAGCGUCCAUCUCGCUUCUGGGGACCUCACCAUAGCGAGCCUCAGGGAAGGGGAAAAGGUGGUGGCAGUUCUGGCGCGCAUCGGAGACCAAAUUCAGUGGCCGUUGGCAAAAGACGUGUCGGCUGUGAAGCUGGACGAGUCUCACUACUUCUUCACGCUUAAGGUUCCGCAGAAGCACGGGGAGAAUGAGUUGGAGGUGUUGAAUUAUGGGUUGACGGUGGCGGCGAAAGGGCAAGAGGGGGUGUUGAAGGAACUGGAUGAAGUUCUGGAGAAGUAUAGCUUUGUAUCGGAGGAGAGAGUGGAGGGUGUGCGUGGGUGGGAGGUGUUGGAUGGGUCUGUGUCCAAGGAAACAUCGCCGGAGGAGUUGAAGUCGGAGAAGAAGAGGGAAGUGGUGGAGGAGCGUUCUGCGGCGUAUUGGACUACGUUGGCACCAAACGUUGAAGAUUACAGUGGUAACUUUGCAAGGUGGAUUGCCUCAGGGUCAGGGCAAGUGGUUAGGGGGAUUUUGUGGUGUGGGGACGUUACUGUGGAUAGGUUGAAAUGGGGUAAUGAUUUCUUGAAGAAGAGGUUGCAACCUGGUUCCCAAUCCCAUAUUAGUCCACAAGCCUUGGAGAGGAUGAAAAGGGUUAAGAAGUUGACGAAGAUGUCAGAGAAAGUGGCCACCGGCGUUCUCUCGGGGGUUGUUAAGGUGUCUGGAUUCUUCACAAGUUCUGUGGUGAACUCCAAAGCGGGCAAGAAAUUCUUUAGCCUUCUUCCAGGAGAAAUCGUCCUUGCUACCAUGGAUGGAUUCAAUAAGGUCUGUGAUGCUGCGGAAGUAGCUGGAAGGAAUGUCAUGUCCACUUCCUCAGUUGUGACCACUGGACUCGUUUCACAUAAAUAUGGAGAGCAAGCAGCUCAGGUAACAAAUGAAGGCUUAGAUGCUGCGGGGCAUGCGAUUGGAACAGCUUGGGCUGUGUUCAAACUUAGGAAGGCUCUCAACCCCAAAAGCGUCAUCAAACCAACAACACUAGCAAAAGCUGCUGGUGAAGUUAAUUCUGCUAAAUUGAAGGCUAAGAAAUAACAAGUCAUGAAAAGCAAGAGCAUUAGGAUCUCCCACGCCUUUAUAUAUUAUCUAUUAGUUGUUGUAUUGGUUUGUCUGUUUGUUCAUUUUUUUAUUUUAAUCAAUCUUUAUAGUUAGUGAUAGAUGUUUUGGAAAAGGAAUUAUAUUCGUUACAUUUCUUUAUUCAAGAGUCUAUGGCACAAGAAGAUUAACGGGUUCUGAGUUACUCACCGAAUUUUCUAUU